CAAUCAGGAGCUCCUGCUGAGCGGAGAAACCCGACGGCUGUGCCACUGAGCGCUUCAAAUCUCUGCCACGGCUCACAUGAAACACCUAGACUAAGAAUCAUUUGGCGUUUUAUGUUGCCUUUUAUAAACUAACAGCAACAGAGACCUGUUGUCAAAAAGAUGGAGCGCGCAGGGAGUCUCCAACCACUCUGAACCAUCAGACAAUUCAAACAAAUAUCUCCCUCUCCGAAGACAGAGCUAUGCUACCUCAGGAUGUCGGGAAGCAGAAGCCGCGCCGUGUGUCGGAACCGGUGUGCGGGGGAGACUGUCCCCCAGUCCCUACUCGGCGCUUAAAGAACCGGGACUUCCCUUUGAGCGUAAAGCGCCGGCGGUCCGGCUCCGCACCUGAGCGCAAGGUGAACUGCGUCCUGGUUGGAGACGGAGCGGUGGGCAAGACCAGCCUCAUUGUCAGCUACACCACCAACGGAUACCCGACAGAAUAUGUUCCAACAGCGUUUGACAACUUUACCGUGAUGGUUGUGGUUGACGGAAAACCAGUGAGACUGCAACUCUGUGACACGGCUGGACAGAAAUGGGGGCUGGUUGAUGGAUCAAUCAAUGAUGAGCUGGAUCGCAUUAGACCACUAUGCUACAAGAACGCAGAUGUUUUCCUCCUCUGCUACAGCGUGGUCCGCCCUUGCUCUUUCCGCAACCUGAUUGAAAGGUGGGUUCCCGAGAUCCGUCAGCACUGUCCCGGCGCACCCCUGGUCCUCGUUGGCACCCAGCUGGACCUGAGAGAAGAUGUCCACGUGCUGAUUCACCUGGCGCAGAACCAGCAGCAGCCGGUGGGCACUGAGGAGGGCCAGCUGCUCGCGCAAGAGCUCGGGGCGGUGAGCUUUGCAGAGUGCUCGGCGCUGACGCAGAAGAACCUUAAGGAUGCGUUUGAUUCAGCCAUCUUGGCCAGCAUCCAGCAAACAGACAGUUGUAGCAUCCAGCAGCAGAGGCUGACUCUGAGGAAGAAGACUCCUGAUAAGAUCAAGAGCCUCUCGAAGACCUGGUGGAAGAAGAUCAGCUGUCUGAUGGGAGAGCAGAGCUGUGACUUCAAGUGAACAGCUGCACGAUUACAAACCUGGGUCAGAUCAUGUUUGCAAAUACUUGGUAGAGUUUGUUUCAGCCUGCUGACCGAAGGUGCCAGAUGGGUGGGGAUUAUCACCACACAGGACAACACAACAAGUUCCAGAAAGAGCUCAGAAAUGUAGGUUUGUAACUCACAAGUUGCCAGUUGAAAUCCCCAGACUGUCAGGCAAAGUGUGGGUGGGGAAAUUUACACAUGAAGGUCAGUUUACUUGGAACGAGAACUUCUACACAGCCUUUGAAAACAUGGCGCUGGUAGAAGACGGAGAGAUGCUCAUUGGGUAACACGUUAACACAGCGUUUUUAGUGAGAAAUGGUUUUGAGUUGCAUUUUAGGAAGUGUAGCAUGUAGAGAUUUUAGAUUCAUUAUAGCCUAACUCCUACUAGGGGGUAAAAGUCAGGAUUUCUCGGCCUCUGCUGCUUCGAUAGUUAUUAGUCCCCCAACUUAACACAAGUAUGCAUUAUUGCAAUGCUCUAAACCAUCAACUGCUGAGAAACACUGUUUGAUGCUGUGGCUGUUCAGGUCUGCAGGUUCAGAUGAGUCUAGUACUGAAAAAGGUUAAGUGAUUCAUUUGAGUAUAAAAAGGCUCUAAGAUGAAAUCAAGGUGGUAACAUAUUCAAUAUACGAUUGCUUUAAAAGUACAGAAUAUGAUGCACUUUCGAUGUCUUCAGCCAAUCUUACAUGCUGUAUAUUUAUGAAACACCUCGCACAUGAAAUUAACUUUGAUCGCCUGAAACUGAUAUUUUUUCAUAACUGCUAAGCACGUCUUAGGCAACAAUAUUGCGAUAAGGAAACCUAAGAGGGGUUACUGACCCUAUCCACAUGCUUCUUUAUGAAGUUGUCCUGAUGUAGGUAACCCCACCCAUUGUAGGCUCAUAGGAGGUUAGAAACAAACCCCACAAAUAUUAUAAAACCCAGGUUUGAUUUGAUGCAAGGAGUGUAAUUGUCCAACAGGCUGGUGAAGAUCUGAACUUGUUUUUGACUCAAUGUGUGUUGUCACUUUACACCCCAACAUUACUAGUACUUGUGACUGUUUGUGUGUAGGUUAUUUAUUUAUUUAUUUAUUCAUGGUUAUUUUCAUUGCCAUCACUGAUCAUGGGAUGUGCUCAGAAGCCUUGAUUAAAGUUUAUAACAACUGUAUUCAAGAUCAUUUCAUUUAUCAAAAGGAGCAUUUGAUAUAGUUUCCGUAACUGAAGGAACUACCAUCAAUUUGUAAGGAAUAUUACAUGCAAACACUUGAGCAGCAUUCGCCUGCUUCUUCGGUGCACUUGUUCCACAACUUCUGCUCUUGCUCCUUCACCUGAAAAAAACAGGAUGUGUUAGCAGGUUAAUAGGGAUAAAGUGCCGUUGAUUGAUCAGCUCUCUGAUCCUCCUGACAACCUACUGACACAACCUAACCAGAUUUAGAUGGACUAGUAUGCAUAAAAAUGCAUCAUUACUUCAGAUUCAAUUUUGGAGUCCGGCAGUCAGAGGCAGAGCAAAUCCUGGGUGAUUUUUAUGUAAGCACAGUAUCAUAUUAGCUCAGCUAUCCUCUCUGAUUUAAAGUCAGCCUGGUGGAGGCUCCUCUGGUCCCAAGCUCUUCUAAUAGGAGCAGACAGGACCACCUGGACUGGAUUAGACCAGCAUAUGGAGCUUGAUUCUCUCCCCACAGACCUCAUACUGUGAAAAGGCCAGAGAGGCAGAUUGCAUCACCUCCAAAGGUUUAUCUAGAUCUGGCAACUUGUAAGUAAGAAACAUUUAUUUAUAGCACUUCAUGUACUGGGGUUUCAAAUGUCUUCACACAUACACACACACACACACAAAUUGAGGGGACACUGUGUUGACUUACAUUGAUUUCCUGGAAACUCACCCUAAGCAUAAACACUAUAUGCCUAAAACCAACCGCUUCCCUAACUUUAACCUUAAACCACGAUAAUAUUAAAUCAUUUUAAGCUGUUGGGAUUUGCAUUUCUUCAUACAACAUACAACAUACAAUUUGUAAGCAGUGUAUAAUAAAGAGGAUAAAUAAAACCA